AUGGACGAUUCUCUCCUGCUGGGCGAGAACGAGGCCGCAGCUUCGACAUGGGUCUCGCUCCGAGCGUCGUCGACAUUGGAGCGGAACGUGGUGGCAUAUGGUGUAGAAAAGGCCGUAGACGGUGCUCCAGACUCGUGCUGGAACUCGGGCCCAGGUUCGCCGCAAUGGAUCGAGGCGAGUCUGAUGGGCGACGGCGGGAAGCUCGCUCUCUCGCGCAUCGAGCUUGUUUUUCAAGGCGGUUUCGUUGGUCGUGACGUUACUGUUGUUGUUGAUGGCCAUGCUGUGGAAAAUGCUCAAAUCGUUCUAUCAGACUCAAACGACUCGCAGAUCAUCUCGCUCCCGUCACCGCUGCCCAUCGCCGCUCACUCGCUCCGCAUCGUCUUUGCCGGAUCGUCAGACUUUUACGGCCGCAUCACCCUCUACUCGCUGAUGGUCUACGGCGCAGUCGUCUCUCCUCCAUCAUCUCUUUCGCUUGAUUCACCAGCCUGCUCUGGUGCUUCCCAGGCCGCGCGGCCGUCCCCAAGCCCGCACGUUGAUUCGGCCUCGGACUCGGACUCGGACUCGUCAGAGUUCUCGGGCGAUGUGGCGUCUUGACAUGCACGCAUCCCCGUCUCUGAACGUAUAGCGUACGCAGAGCUGGAUUCCUCGUCGCGUGCAAUGUUGCACGUGGCGUGUCCUGCAGAGAUCAGGACACAGCCAUCGCCCCAUCGAACGCCACCUCGAGUGCGGCCGCAAUCGGCCGGGCACGACCAAGGCAUGCAUGACCCGUGCACUGAACUCGCAGCCUCAAUUGUUCUGACGUUCCUGCUAACCCACAUGGAACACACGCGAUCUCUCCGUACCGUCGCUCUACACCCGCGCUCUGCCGCCAGUGCCUCUCCUCACGAUUCCAGGUUUGCUGCGGACAAACGUUGUAAAAUACACGCGAUCAACA